AUGCCUCUUGAAGCUCGCGUGAAGUCAGUUCUGUCUGGCGACACAGUUGUUUUGUCGCAUGUCACCAACCCUGGACAAGAGCGUGUUCUGAGUCUCGCAUACAUCUCAGCACCAAGACUGCGGAGAGAGGGAGAUGAGCCUUACGCUUUCCAAUCCCGUGAAUUUCUCCGCGAGCUUCUCGUUGGAAAGGUGGUCCAGUUCCAAACCCUGUAUACUGUUCCGAACUCGCAACGCGAAUAUGGAAAAAUCAAACUUCCCAGCUUCGAAGUGACAUUGCCCGAGAUCAGCGUCCAAGAGGGAUGGAGCCGCGUCCGCGAGGAAGCCGGCAAGCGAAGCGAUGACACAGAAGAAACCGUUGCGAUGCUCGAACGACUCCGCGGGCUAGAAGAUCACGCCAGAACUGAAGGAAAGGGUGUCUGGGCCGCGACUGACGGUCGCAUCGAAACUACCUACGAGCUGGCAGAUGGCAAAUCUCUGGUGGACGAAUGGAAAGAUAAGCACUUGGAGGCCAUUGUCGAGAGAGUCUUGACCGGCGACCGCCUGGUUCUGAGACUUCUUGUUGACCCAGAGGAACACCUUCAGGUUGUCGCUGUGGUUGGUGGUGUUAGAGCGCCUGCAACCAAGCGGACGAGUGCCGAUGGCAAAGAGCAGCCUGCUGAGCCAUACGGUGAGGAGGCGCAGCAGUUUGUUGAAUCGAGACUUCUGCAACGCAAGGUCCAGGUGGCCCUUUUGGGCGUCACCCCACAAGGUCAACUCAUCGCAACUGUCCUCCACCCGAAUGGAAACGUUGCCAAGUUCCUCCUUGAGUCUGGCCUUGCCCGUUGCCACGACCACCACUCUCCUCUCCUUGGUGCUGAAAUGGCAACGUUCCGCCGCGCGGAGAAGGUCGCUAAGGAUGGCCGAAAGGGCCUCUUCACCGGUCUUGUCGCUUCUAAGGAUCCUGCUGGCGGGGCCGCUGAGCAGGACUACAUCGUUGGUCGUGUGCUCAACGCGGACACUCUCUUCCUAAGGAAUAAGGCAGGCCAGGAGAAGAAGAUUAGCCUAAGCAGCAUUCGUCAACCGAAGCCGUCUGACCCCAACCAAGCUCCGUUUGCCGCUGACGCGAAGGAAUUUCUGCGUAAGAAGAUCAUCGGAAAGCACGUCAAGGUUACCAUCAACGGCAAGAAGCCUGCUACGGAAGGUUACGAACAGAGAGAAGUGGCCACUGUAGUCCUCGGUAACACAAACAUUGCCCUGGCUCUCGUGCAAACGGGUUAUGCCUCUGUUAUCCGUCACCGCCAGGACGAUGACGACCGAUCUCCCGAAUAUGAUGACCUCCUGAUUGCCGAAGCUGAAGCUCAGAAGGAUGGAAAGGGCAUGUGGUCGUCUAAGCCUCCCAAGGUUAAGCAGUACCAGGACUACUCCGAAAGUGUGCAGAAGGCCAAGAUGGAGGUUUCUAUUCUCCAGCGUCAGAAGCGGGUCCCUGCUGUCGUCGACUUCGUGAAGUCAGGAUCCCGGUUCACUGUUCUUGUUCCCCGUGAGAAUGCCAAGUUGACUUUGGUCCUUUCUGGUAUCCGUGCUCCCCGAUCAGCUCGUAACCCCGGCGAUGCUUCUGAGCCCUUCGGGAAUGAAGCACACGAGCUGGCAAACCGACGCUGCAUGCAGCGUGACGUUGAAAUUGAUGUUGAGACCAUCGACAAAGUCGGUGGUUUCAUCGGUACGCUCUAUGUGAAUAAGGAAAACUUCACUAAGGUUCUACUCGAAGAGGGUUUUGCUACUGUUCAUGCUUACUCUGCAGAGCAGUCUGGCCACGCGACGGAAUACUUCGCCGCUGAACAACGGGCUAAGGAAGCCCGUAAGGGUCUCUGGCACGACUGGGACCCCAGCAAGGAAGCCGAGGAAGAAGAGGAGGAGGCUGCUAACGGCAGCGCUGUUGAGGCUGAAACCACUUCACGCCGCAAGGACUACCGUGAUGUGAUUGUCACCUACGUUGACCCUGCUACUGCGCGAGUGAAGCUGCAACAGAUCGGAACCGGUACUUCAGCAUUGACAGAACUGAUGAGUGCAUUCCGAUCCUUCCACCUCAACAAGGCAAACGAGAAGCCACUUCCUGGUCCGCCCAAGGCUGGUGAGUUUGUGGCCGCUAAAUUCACUGAAGACGACGAGUGGUACCGUGCCAAGGUGCGCCGGAACGACCGCGAGAAGCAACAGGCGGAGGUUGUCUACAUUGACUUUGGAAACUCGGAAGUUCUGCCGUGGUCUCGUCUUCGCCCGCUCAGCCAGCCCCAGUUCUCCACCCAGACCCUUCGCCCCCAGGCAGUAGAUGCUGUUCUCUCAUUCCUCCAGUUCCCUGUCUCUCCCGACUACCUCCAGGAUGCAGUUGCUUUCCUCGAAGAACAAACAUACAACCGCGAACUUGUCGCGAACGUGGACUACGUUGCUCCUGAGGGAACACUACACGUUACUCUACUCGACCCCUCAGACUCCAAGAACCUCGACCAGAGCAUCAACUCUGAGAUUUCACGGGAGGGGUUGGCUAUGAUUCCCCGCAAGUUGAAGGCUUGGGAGCGUGCUGCUGGUGAGACACUAUCGAAUCUCCGUGCUCUGGAAGAUGAGGCGAAGCAGGAGCGUCGUGGUAUGUGGGAGUAUGGAGAUUUGACCGAGGAUUAA